CAGACUGGAUUAAACCUGUUUCAGGUCGUUCCUUGCUUCAGGCAGAGAGGGCGCUAGUAGGAAGAAGAAGGCAGAAUCCAUCGCGUUCCGCUUCUUCGCGGGCAUGCGAAUAUACACCAGCAAACACGGAUAAUAAAAGGUACAGCGGCGUUUUAUUGUUGUGGACUUUAACGCGAAUUAACCUCCAGUAUCCAGAGGAUGAGGAAGAGCUGCUGCUGCUGCUGCUGCUGCUGCUGCUGCUGAAACCAGUGAGGGAUAUAGAAGCUCCAGGUUUACUAACAAUAAUAACCACAGCCACAUUAAGAGUCUUAUUAAACGCGUAGAAAGAGUAAGAGUUGCUCAUUGUCCCAGUGAUUUAUUUGAUAGUCAUAAAAUCACUGGAAGGGUUUUAUUUUUUUUACUUUUUUUUUAACUGGUAGCUAACACGGUGUUAUUGACGAAUGUCUGUGUUGUGUAGAGUUGUGCUUCCCACUGAUAUGUGCUUCUUUACGGCACUGCGCAUGCGCAGCAUUUGUUUUUCUAACGUUUUAAUGAUUUUUAAUGUUAUUGGCAGCAUUAAACAACUAAUUUAAAUGUUAAAAACCCUCUAAAUAUCAGUUAAAAAUAACACUGGCAAGUUAAAAAAUAUUUAUAAUAAUAAACUAUAAAGCUAUAAAACUAUACUUUUUCUAAUCACGUAUAUGACCUUAACGUUUUAACCCUCUAUGGCAAACCACUGUUUGAUUACACCAUUCCUUUAAUUUUUGUAAUGUUAUUUUUUGUCACAAAAUAUCAAUAUCAAUAGUAUUAAUAGUAAUCAAUAUCAUUUGUGUUUUAGUUGUUGCAUCAGGAUAACAGCUAGACCAUAUUUGUUGGGAAUAAUUGCUAAAGCAGUGGUGGUGUUUAAAAAAAAAUAUCUAUGCUAUAAAGGGUUAACUUUACCUGAUACAGUGAACUGGCCUAUCCUCAUAUCCUACCUAGGCUUCUGCUGAGAGUUCUUUGUUUGUUUGUUUCUAAUAUGAUUUUUUAUUUUUUUGUAUUUUUACCUUUUUAAAAAUUAAAUUCUACUACUAGGGAAGCACGGUUUGACAAGGAGCUAAAGCAGGGAAAUUCACUUACAGCUGCUUUUAAACUGCUGUUAAAAUGUCUUUCGGGGGAGCAGUGUGGCUGGCUGUGCAGGAGGACCUGUACAGAGGGUUUAGUAGCGGAUACGACCAUAAAAAUUCCUCCAGCAGCAGAUCCAACAUCUCCAGCAGCUCCAACAGCAGCAGCACUGAGGAGUCCAGAGGUAUCCUGGGCCGCAUGGAUGACUACUUUCUUUCCCAGUGUUUCCAUUCAUCUCGAGCCUGCCUGGCCUUUCUGAUCGACUACGUUACAUCUCGUCUACAGAAGGAUGUGUUCAGACCAGUCAGCGACUCUGCCUCAGUAGAAGCCAUGAUUUUAGCCACGCUGCACUUCUGUUCACAUGGGUUUCUACCCAAGAAAAUCACAGACCUGCUGGGGCUGGACCAGCUAGCUGCAGCUGAGGGGGUAAACCUCAUAUCUAAAGUCCUGGCGGACAUGUCCCACAGCUUCAUCACCUUCCCAGGCAGCUAUGAUGACCGUAUGGGUGUAGCUCAGGGAUUUAAAAACAUCAGUGGCAUCCCAAACGUGGUGGGAGUCCUGGGCUGUUUACAUGUAAGAGUGACACCUCCUCCUACUACUACUACUACUACUACAGAAAGCCUCUACCUCAACCCUCUGGGUUACAAUUCAGUGAUGAUGCAGAUCAUCAGUGAUGUGGAUGGAAAUCUGCUCAGUGUUGAGCAGUGUUGUCCUGGGGGCACUCUGGAAAAGACUGUUUGGGAAAAGUCCAACAUUUACCAGGAGUUCAUCAAUUUCCAGCAUGGCCAGACAUGGCUUGUUGGUGGCAAAGGUCUGCCUCAAAGUAGGCACAUGUUGACUCCUGUGCAGCGCACUCAAAGCAAGACCAGUGCAGCCGAACGUUUCAAUGCUGCUCAUUCUGCGCUCCUGAGCUCCAAUCAGCACGUUAUUGGUUGUCUGAAAACCCGUUUCCAGUGCCUGCACGGACUUGGAGCUGUGCAGGACAACAAGCUUGAGCCAUUCAGCCGUAUUAUCACAGCUUGUUGCGUGCUUCACAACAUCUAUAAGAAAUUCUCUGUGCCACUACCCAGAGAGCCGGUGUUGGAGCCUCUACCCCCAGUUCAAGUGAGGAAAGAAGGGGAGGAGAAAUCCUUUUGCUACAUGGGAGAGACACAAGAAGACAUGAUAGAAAUGUGUUUUGGUAAUGAUGGAGAUUAGCAGGUGCAGGACCAGAAAAAGGACAUCGAGGAGAGGAGCAAACAAACUUGGGUCUGUUAAAAGGAUUUUGCCAAAUGUGUUACAGAUGGAGGACGGGUGUGUAUUUUGGGUCUGUUUUGCUAAAAAAUAAAUAAAUAAAUACUUUGGACAAAGUGGACAUGACGUAGUAAAAAAUCAUCUCCAUCUCACCCAAACGAGGUGAUAUAAGAAGAACAGAUGCUGCUUUUAUAGAGCUCCAUGCUCCUCACAGUAGUACAGAAGUAGCUCACACAGUUGCCUUAUUUCUAUUAGGUCACAAUUAAACUGAUUUAUUGUUUCUAUAGGUCUGCUCAAAUUGUGAUUCUGAUUUCACUAUGUGAACCAUAAUAGUGUGAAAUGCAGUUUUACACAUAUAUAGGAAUAUUUUUAUUUAAGUCAAUGCAGUUGCAGUAACCAUUAUAGAGACAGCAGUUGUGUGUUACAAAAACGGAGCAUGUGGACACCCAUUGCACUAUGCAUCCAUUCUGCCAUUCACAAUAUAAACCUUUCAUCAGGUAUGGCUAUACUUACUGUUUAUGUUAAAAAAUAAAAGUAUUAUGCAUCUGUAAUGUUAGCAGAAAUAUAUCAUAUAAAAUAUGUUUAAGAGUAUAAACCAAUCUUUACAUUGCUACCUCUUUUGCCUUUUUUUAAGUACAAUAACACAGUGGCAUUGUUGCUGUAUUUGUUGUCAGAAACUUUUGAUAGACGUUUGUGAGCAGUAAUGGUUACAUUGGAUAUGGAUGAAUUCAUUUUUGUAGAUAAAGGUAGUAUAAAUGAGCCUUGAAGAUAA